UCAUCAGAUCUUCUUCUUCUUCUUCUUCUUCUUCUUCUUCUUCUUCUCAUAAAAAUCGAAGCUUUUCUCUAUUUUUGCAGAGUUUCUUUUGGGUCUCCGAUGAGGUGUAAGAGACAUACAGUAGAUUUUAGUAGCAGUAUAGGCGUUUGUGCUUCUUGUCUCCGUGAGCGUCUCUUCUCUCUCGCCGUUUCUACCGCCGCCUCUCAAACCGACGAUCAUCAUUCUCGUAUCUCUCCUCCUCCUCUGCUUUUCCCUCGCUCUGUUUCUCCUUACGUUGCUCCUAGAAAAUCUGACGCCGGAGUAGACUCUGUAGUAUCUUCUUCUUCUUCUAAUAACAGACUCUUCUUCUCAACGCCUCAAGUAUUGGAAGGUGGAGGAAGAAGAGGUUCAACCUCAUCGGAAAAAGUCUUCGUAUCAUCUAAGAAGAAGAACAAAAAAAACGGUUUAUCUCGUUUCUCAAGCUUCUUCAGACCGACGACGAGAUCUGACGUUUACGAUUCGCGUCGCGAUUCAUGCGACGACGCCUCCACCGUUUUUUCUCAGUCGUCAACAUCGUCGUCAAGGUCAUGGCUCUCUAAAGUUCUCUCAGUUCGAUCAAAGAAGCAACAGUCAAACACAACGACCUGCUACAUCGAGGAUUUGAUCGCUGCAGAGUCCGAUCAUCAUCGAAAUCGACCUAGACAGAGAUAUUGUAAAGGAAUGUCGCCGGCGGGAGAAUCAACGACGAACGAAGACUCAGUUGAGGAAUCACCAGGUAGGUUAAGAAGAACGCCGGCGAUGGGAACUCCGGGGAGGAGGAAACCUAAGGUUGGGUUUGGUAGAAGCGUUUCAGGGAUGGCUUUUUGUUUGAGUCCGUUAGUGAGAGCUAAACCAUCGUCUAACUGUUCUUCUAACUGGAGAGGGAGAUUUCUGCCGGAUUUUGGAUAUUCCGGCGAGUUGAAGUCGCCGGCGAAGCCUCACCUUUCGACGGCGGCGUCUUUUUGUGGUAACCGGUCUAAGAAGCUUGUUGAUUUAGGAAGACUUGAUCACCGCCGUUGAUUCUCUUUUUUUUUUGGUUGGGAUUAAAAUCUGACCGUUCUUUUGUGAAGUUAUUACCUUAAAUACCCCUCACAAGAUUCAUAUUUAUGUGGUGCACUUUACUAUACAGAUAAAAAAAGAGUGAAAUUACCAUUUUUGGUUAUAUAUAAUAAUAAUGUUUUCUGA